AUGGACCUUGGUCUUGAGCGCCGCGGCCCCAGUUCUGCUCGCCCAUGGAUGUUCGGAGAAGAAAUUCUCCUCAGCCUCCAGACCAACAGCAAGACUGGACUCCCCAUCGUCUGGGCCUCGAUUUUUGACGAUAUGAUAGCCAAGGAGAAGGUCGCAACGCUUUCCGGUAACGUGGUCUAUGGCAAUGUUUUGCAUCGCCCGCUCGAUGGCAAGGUCUGGUUUUGUUAG